AAGUGCGUGGACGAAUAACUAGAUGUGUUUUGCGCGUGCGUGUGUUUGAACGUUGGCGCGAUCUGACUACGUCCCUUUCGGAAGCACUAAUCAACCCCAUAAACGAAUAAGACAGAGAAAUGAAUCACUGUGAGCUUGAAGAAGUGACGCAACAUAUUAACAACAAAAUUUCCAUGAUUAAAAGACUCCUGGAGCUUCGAGCUGUUGCAAAAGAUCCAGACAAACGUGGUACUCUUCUCAAAAUCGAGCAGGAAGUCUCUGCCAUCAAUGAGCUUCUGGAUCGCUUUGAGAGAUAUGUGGGCGAGCAGAGAGGCUUGCUGAAGCAUUUGAAGGAUCUAGAGGGUUUCUUCCAGGAGGACGAGCAGGAUGCCCUUCACCUCAAGAACAACAUCCCUCCGCACAUGCCCAAAAGAGGCCAACAAGCAGCUCUGCGAGGAGGAGGACAGGUGGCAGUUCAGAGCAGGCAGACAGAUGCGCCGCCCGCCCCUCAGGAACAGGGGCCGCCCAGGAAACAUCAGCGCAACCAGAUCAAAGAGAUGGAGUUCAUUACCGUCCCAGAGUUUGACAGCAUACCACCGUACAUGAAAGGCCGCGUGACGUACGAUCAGCUGAACUCAGCAGUGAAAAGCAUCAACACAGCUGUGACGUCAAAAUAUAAGAUCCUCCAUCAGCCAGUCAAAACCCUGAACAAUGCGUCCCGCACACUCCACCAGCGCUUUAAAGACCAAGAAACGAAGGACACCAAGGGUCAGUUUUUCAUCGUGGAGCAAGACAUCAGAGAGUUCACCCAGCUGAAAGUGGACAAACGGUUUGUGGGCAUGUUGAACAUGCUACGGCACUGCCAGCGUCUGAGGGAAGUCCGAGGCGGCGGUCUCACACGCUUCAUUCUGCUCUGAAACCCAGAGUCGCCCACAUUCGCAUCAAAUCUCUUUGAAUGGAGUCACUCCAUUGAAUGAACUUAAGUGUCCAUUUUAUUAAAAAUUGGUGCUGUCAAUUUGAUUAAUUGCAUUCAAAAUUAAAGUUUUGUUUACAUAUGUGUGCACUGUAUAUAUUUAUUUUUAU